AUGGAGAACCACAACCAAGGAGAGCAAUCACUGUCGGGAAAGGACAAGACUGAAAACCCUAGCCCGAUAUCCAAUGGAGAGCAGCUGCAGGAGGGAGGGGCCAGCUCCAAGCCUCGGAUUUUCAUGUGCCGCUACUGCGACAAAGCGUUCCGGACGACGAGGGCGCUGGGCGGGCAUCAAAACGCCCACAAGCGGGAGAAAGACGACGAGAAGCUGAAGAAAAACAAAGAGGUCGAAUCUCUUAAUUCUCACAGUUUGUCCUACUUAUUCAAUCUCCAGGUGAUUAACAGGUCUCUUGACAAUACACCCUCUAACAACGGUGGAUUAUCCAUCAAUGUUUCGCCACCGCCUAAUGGCACUAAUCCUCCUGCGGUCGCUCGCCCUAACCCCAAGCGAAACGCCUCCGACUCUGACCGUUCUGAUCAAUUCAAUCCCAUGGGCGCCGAUGGCUCUAAGAGGCACCGUGGCAUGGAUUUGAACAUUCCUCCCGAUGAUGUUCCUCCCUCAGACAAUGAUGGGUCGUCGAGUGAUCUCGUUCCUAACCCUUCUCCUGCUCCUAAUCCCAGUCCUACUCAUGUUUCUCCUAGAAAUCCCGCUUCGAAGGUCGUUCCACCGAAGAAUUCUGGGGCCAGCAAGGGCAAUAACCCUCCAAAAAAUCCCGCUUCGAAGGCCGGUCCGUCGAGGAAUCCUGUGGCCAGCAAUGGCGGUAACCCUCGGAAAAAUCCCGCUUCGAAGGCCGGUCCGUCGAAGAACUCUGUGGCCAGCAAUGGCGAUAACCCUCCAAAAAACCCCGCUUCGAAGGCCGGUCCGUCGAGGAAUUCUGUGGCCAGCAAUGGCGAUAACCCUCCGAAAAAUCCCGCUUCGAAGGACGUCGGUCCGUCGAACAAUGCUGUGGCCAGCAAUGGCGAUAACCCUCCGAAAAAUCCCGUUUCAUCAAAGGGCGCCUCGUCAUCGUCGUCGCAGAAGGCUGUCAGCAAAGAGGAUGUUCUAAGGGAUUUCGUUCCAAGCAUCGAGAGGUUCGAGAGGAUGCUUUGGGGGCAGUUUCUGUCUCUUUGA